UGACGUAUGUUCUGCAGCGGAAGUGUGGUCAAACAUUGAGUUUCCUGUGAAUGGGAUAUAAUAAAACAGACGUCGAUGAAUUAAAUGUGUUUUAUUAACGAUUCAACAGUCAAUAAAUAUUAUUUCAUUUAUCAUCGAUAGAUUGCAGAUCAUCAAUGCUGGCGGACUCAGUGGGCAGUGGUCGGUGUCGGGGGAGGAAACGGUCAGCAGCAGUGGGCGGGCUGGAAUCCAGUGGGCGUGGCCGCAGCAACACACCUGCAGCACAGAUCAGAAGAAAAGCUGCUGAGGCUGAGGAAGAGGAAGAUCAGUCUGAGAAAAAGUUCAGGAAGUGUGAGAAAUCAGGAUGUACAGCCACGUAUCCUGUGUGUUUCGCAAGUGCAUCUGAGAGAUGCGCUAAAAACAGCUACACGUCCCGCUGGUAUCAUCUGUCGUGCGGUGAGCACUUCUGUAAUGAAUGUUUUGACCACUACUACAGAAGUCAUAAAGACGGAUACGAGACAUUCUCCUCGUGGAAGAGGGUUUGGACCAGUAAUGGAAAAAGUGAACCCAGUCUCAAAGCCUUCAUGGCCGACCAGGAGCUGCCCUACUGGGUUCAGUGCACUAAAGCAGACUGUGGAAAAUGGCGUCAGUUGAGUAAAGAGACACAGCUGACGGCGGCGCUGGCAUCAUCGUAUCGUUGCGGCAUGAAGCUUAACAGUGUUAAAACUGAAGGAUGUGACUUGUGCUCUCAGCCAGAAGAUGGGCGAGUGGCGGGCGUGACGGACAGCUGGUGGCACUCGAUGUUGAUUCUACCGCCGCUGUUUAAGGACAGUUUGGCCAGUCCAUUUCUUUCAGCAUAUUACCCCGACUGCGUGGGCAUGAGUCCGUCUGGCUCCUCCUGCAGACAGCGGCACGCCUCCCAACCUCACGUGCCUGGACUCUCUCCGUAUUUCCAGCCGUUCUACCAGCCGAACGAAUGUGGAAAAGCACUGUGCGUGAGACCCGACAUGAUGGAGCUGGAUGAGCUGUACGAGUUCCCAGAAUUCUCCAGAGAUCCCACCAUGUAUCUGGCAUUGAGGAACCUGGUGCUGGCAGCCUGGCACAGAGAUUGCAAGGAGGUUCUGACGGCACAGAAAUGUGCUCCUCACGUGAUUGUUCGUGGACUGGUGCGAAUCCGCUGCGUGCAGGAGCUGGACAGGAUUCUGUGUUUUAUGACCCGGAAAGGUUUGAUCAACACCGGAGCUCUCCCGGUCUCACGUCCUCUUCUGCCUCACUCUCGGCACAGCAAGGUGUUGGUCAUCGGUGCAGGUGCCGCAGGUCUUGCUGCAGCUCGGCAGCUUCAGAACUUUGGGAUGCAGGUGGUGGUUUUAGAGGCCAGGGAAAGAAUUGGUGGGAGAGUUUGGGAUGACGUGUCACUGGGCGUACCUGUCGGACGUGGCGCUCAGAUCGUAAACGGCUGUGUGAAUAACCCCAUUGCUCUGAUGUGCGAACAGUUGGGCAUGAGGAUGCACAAGUUGGGCAUGCGCUGUGAGCUGAUUCAAGAGGGCGGUCACAUCACAGAUCCAGCUGUAGACAAGCGCAUGGACUUUCAUUUUAACGCUGUACUGGACGCCGUGUCUGAAUGGAGGAAAGAUAAGUCACAGAGCCACGAUGCACCGCUUGGGGAGAAGAUCCAGGAAGUUUAUAAGGCAUUCCUGAAGGAGUCUGGGCUUAACUUUACUGACCUGGAGGAAAAAGUUUUCCAUUUUCAUCUGAGCAAUCUGGAAUAUGCCUGUGGGAGUACAUUGGACCAGGUGUCAGCUCGCUCGUGGGAUCACAAUGAAUGUUUCGCUCAGUUUUCGGGGGAUCACACGCUUCUCCCUGGUGGAUACGAGUCUGUACUGCGCAAACUUGCACAGGGCCUUGACAUCCGACUCAAUACUGCGGUUCAGUGUGUGGAGUAUUCUGGAGAGGACGUAAAGGUGACGUGUACGAGUGGCCGUCAAUGGAGCGCACAAAAGGUUCUGGUGACGGUUCCACUGGCUCUGCUACAGAAGAAUAUCAUUCAGUUCAAUCCUUCACUGCCUGACAGGAAACUCAAAGCCAUUCACAGUCUGGGCGCUGGAGUUAUAGAGAAAAUUGCCCUACAGUUUCCUCACCGCUUCUGGGACAGUAAGAUCCAGGGAGCUGAUUAUUUCGGGCACGUACCACCUUGUCCAGAGAAGAGAGGACUGUUCAGUGUCUUCUAUGAUUUGUGUCCUCAAGGUAAAGAGUGCGUACUGAUGUCAGUGAUCACAGGAGAAGCUCUGGCGCUGGUGCGAGAUCUUCAGGAUUGUCAGGUGGUAGAUCUGUGUGUAGAUGUCCUCAGGAAGAUCUUUCAAGAGCAGGAAGUUCCAGAUCCAGUCAAAUACUUUGUGACUCACUGGAGCAGAGACUCGUGGUCUCAGAUGUCUUACAGCUACGUGAAGACAGGGGGCAGCGGUGAGGCCUAUGACAUCAUUGCAGAGGACGUUCAAGGAAAGCUCUUCUUCGCUGGUGAGGCCACAAACAGACACUUUCCUCAGACUGUGACAGGAGCGUAUCUCAGUGGUGUCCGUGAGGCCAGCAAGAUCACAGUGCUGUAGAACUGUCAUGCCAACGCUGCAGCGCAGAAGAACUGUCAUGCCAACGCUGCCGCGCAGAAGAACUGUCAUGCCAACGCUGCCGCGCAGAAGAACUGUCAUGCCAACGCUGCAGCGCAGAAGAACUGUCAUGCCAACGCUGCAGCGCAGAAGAACUGUCACGCCAAUGCUGUAGUGCAGAACUGUCACGCCGAACUGUUAUGCCAACGCUGCAGUGCAGAAGAACUGUAACGCCAACGCUGCAGCGUCGAAUUGUCAUACCAACAGCGCCGAACUGUUGCGCCAACACUGCAGCCACCACUGCUGCACUUAAGGAUGUCCUAAAACUCUUUUACUUGCUAAAUUAUUGUACUUCUAUUUCACAGUUUUGUUAACUUGUAC